GAACCGUGAGGUUGAACAGGUGCAUUGUGGGAUACAAUCUGUGACGCUGACUGCUGUCGGUAGAUGAGUUUCAUCUAAAUAUUAUGUAAAAUGUCCAGUUUACUGGACUUUCUAUAAGUGAAUCGUUUGGAAGAGACAUUUCCUCUGAGGACGGACUGAGACAUGGAGGCCGGUGAAGGUGUCAGUGCUGCCACGCCCACAGAGGAGAUGAACGGAGCUGGAAACCUGAUGGACUUCCUGGACGAGCCUUUUCCUGACGUGGGCACGUACGAAGACUUCCACACCAUCGACUGGCUGAGGGAGAAAUCCAGAGACACUGACCGCCACCGCAAGAUCACCAGUAAGAGUAAAGAGUCCAUGUGGGAGCUGAUCAAGAGUCUGCUGGACGCCUGGUCAGGGUGGGUGGUGAUGCUGCUCAUCGGUCUCCUCUCAGGGACUCUGGCCGGGGUGAUCGACCUGGCCGUGGACUGGAUGACGGACCUGAAGGAGGGCGUGUGUCUGUCUGCCUUCUGGUACAGUCACGAGCAGUGCUGCUGGACGUCCAGCGAGACCACGUUUGACGACAGAGACAAGUGUCCACAGUGGCAGAAGUGGGCGGAGCUGAUGACGGGCCACUCUGAGGGAGCGGGAGCCUACGUGUUGAACUACUUCCUGUACAUCCUGUGGGCUCUGCUCUUCUCCUUCCUGGCCGUGUCGCUGGUGCGAGUGUUCGCUCCGUACGCCUGUGGUUCAGGAAUCCCUGAGAUCAAGACGAUCCUCAGCGGCUUCAUCAUCCGGGGCUACCUGGGGAAGUGGACCCUGCUGAUAAAGACAGUCACCCUGGUGCUGGCGGUGUCUUCAGGGCUCAGUCUAGGGAAGGAGGGUCCCCUGGUCCACGUGGCCUGUUGCUGUGGAAACCUCUUCUGCAGCCUCUUCUCCAAGUACAGCAAGAACGAGGGCAAGCGGCGAGAGGUUCUGUCUGCAGCUGCAGCAGCUGGAGUGUCGGUGGCCUUUGGAGCCCCCAUCGGAGGGGUUCUGUUCAGCCUGGAGGAGGUCAGUUAUUACUUCCCUCUGAAGACCCUGUGGCGCUCCUUCUUCGCCGCUCUGGUCGCUGCCUUCACGCUGCGCUCCAUCAACCCGUUUGGGAACAGCCGCCUGGUCCUGUUCUACGUGGAGUACCACACGCCCUGGUACAUGGCCGAGCUGGUGCCCUUCAUCCUGCUGGGGGUGUUCGGGGGUCUCUGGGGGACCCUCUUUAUCCGGGCCAACAUCGCCUGGUGCCGGCGGAGGAAGACCACCCAGCUGGGGAAGUACCCGGUGCUGGAGGUGAUCGCUGUGACGGGGAUCACGGCCCUGCUGGCGUUCCCCAACCCGUACACCCGGCGCAGCACCAGCGAGCUCAUCUCAGAGCUCUUCAACGACUGCGGGGCCCUGGAGUCGUCGCAGCUCUGCGACUACAUCAACAACCCCAACAUGAGCCGGCCCGUGGACGACAUCCCGGACCGGCCGGCCGGGCCCGGCGUCUACAACGCCCUGUGGCAGCUCGCCCUCGCUCUCAUCUUCAAGAUCGUCAUCACCAUCUUCACCUUCGGCAUGAAGAUCCCCUCCGGGCUCUUCAUUCCCAGCAUGGCGGUGGGGGCCAUCGCCGGCAGGAUCGUGGGGAUCGCCGUGGAGCAGAUGGCCUACCACCACCACGACUGGAUCAUCUUCAAGAACUGGUGCCGCCCCGGAGCCGACUGUGUGACGCCUGGACUCUACGCCAUGGUGGGGGCCGCCGCCUGCCUGGGGGGCGUGACCAGGAUGACCGUGUCCCUGGUGGUCAUCAUGUUCGAGCUGACGGGGGGGCUGGAGUACAUCGUGCCCCUGAUGGCGGCCGCCGUCACCAGUAAGUGGGUGGCGGACGCCUUCGGGAAGGAGGGCAUCUACGAGUCCCACAUCCAGCUGAACGGUUACCCCUACCUGGACGUCAGGGACGAGUUCACCCACCGCACGCUGGCCACCGACGUGAUGCGGCCCCGCAGGAACGACCCCCCCCUGGCCGUCCUCACCCAGGACUCCACCACGGUGGAGGACGUGGAGACGCUGAUCAAGGACACGGACUAUAACGGCUUCCCGGUGGUGGUGUCCAGAGAGUCUGAGCGGCUCAUCGGCUUCGUGCAGCGCCGCGACCUGACGCUGGCCAUCAAGAACGCCCGUCAGAAGCAGGACGGCGUGGUGAGCAGCUCCGUGGUCUACUUCACGGAGGACGCGCCCCAGCUCCCGGCCAGCAACCCCCAGCCCCUGAAGCUGCGCCGCAUCCUGAACCUCAGCCCCUUCACCGUCACCGACCACACGCCCAUGGAGACCGUGGUGGACAUCUUCCGCAAGCUGGGCCUGCGCCAGUGUCUGGUCACCAGGAGCGGGCGUCUCCUGGGCAUCAUCACCAAGAAGGACGUCCUGCGGCACAUGGCUCAAAUGAUGAACCAGGACCCAGAGUCCAUCAUGUUUAACUAGCCCCCCCCCCCUGCACCCCCCCCGUCCUCCCCCCCCCCCAUAGUGACCACAGCACCAGUGUUUAAUGUCUGUUAUUUAUUGCUGCUAGUUCCAUUGGUCAGAAAACCACUAAGAAGGAGACACUAGGAGCUGAGCUGAAGGUUGUUUCUUAGAUCAUGAGUGAAGUAAUCGCUGCUGCUCAGUCUUGUUUUGCCAUAUUUCUGUGAAGCUGCUGGUCUUGAUAAGCCUGUCACUUUGUGAGAGGAGGGGGACGCGUCUCUCAGCAGGUCAGACCAGACUAAUGGAUGUCUGCAGGCUCCUGAUCUCGCUCGCUGCCUGUCUGUGUUGUACAUAAUGAAGAUUCCUGGUGUGUUUUUUUUUUUUAAAGUUGUUGGAAACACUAACCCUGAGUCUGGGCGGCUCGUUGCUCUUAUUUAUUUAUCAGCUGUGCUCAGACACAAAUAAACCGUGGGACGGAGACUAAA